UUAUGAUGGCAAUUUACGGACCCGGAGUUAAAGUGGGCAACUGGUUUGAAACAGCCCUGUCGGAGGAGUUCCGCAUAGCAGACACUAAGAAGCUCCGGGAAAGUGGAAACUUGCUUUUGGACAGGACUCGAGCAAUCUAUGAUCGUUUUUACCAGGAGCAGGUUCUGGGGCCCCCACAAGAGGUACUGGCCUUCGGUGUGGUGGUCCAAUUGAAGCCAGUACGUAUAAAUGUCUGUCGGGAGGAGACCAAGGACAUGAACCUUGCCCUGUCGGUGGUGAUCACCCAGGAGGGAGUAAUCCGCCGUUUUAAAACAAUUAAUGAGCUUUGCGAUCUGAGCGUUGCUCCCAGCCCCCAUCCGGCGAUUCGCAGUAGCUUCCGCAUUGUUAGUCCGGACGACGAGAAUCGUUCCGGACAAUAUCUGACCUACGGGGAGAAGUUCCGGCUGCAGGCCAUGGAUCCGGUGGACGAGCCCAUGUAUAUAUGGAGCGGGCCUAAACGGCUGAAUCUCACGCUUCCCCUCGAAAAGCCAUUCUUUACCAUGAACAGAGGCGAGUUGACCUUGCCACUUGGCUUGGUAUCUCACAAGAACCUUGGUCCUUCGGCUAUCCCCAAUUUCUACACUCAUUUCUAUUGUGCCCACCAGGAUCCAGACAAGCGAUUCGAAAAUGAGGGAAAAACUAUAAAAGAAAAUGAUCCUCUAAUAAUCGUCCAUGCCGUCACAAACCGCAAUCUGGCCGUGGAAAAUACGCUGGCCAACACCUUGUUCGGCCCAGAAUUUCAGGUUUCGGUGGAGACAUACAAGAACGUCUUCAAGCGAGAGACCUGGAAGAACCAAUGGAAGUUCAGCUACUGAUAUCCAUACCUCGUGUUUGUGUAUAAUUAUAUUUCGUAUGUUUUGAUUUGAA